AUGGCUCCAAAUCCGAUACUUCGUUUCGAUAUUGAAGAUAUUCGCGGUAUCAAACCUGGACACGAAGUCUACGCGGAUCUCGCUGUACGCUACUAUCAGACGUACGCCGCCAAUAUGUCUCUUACCGAGCAGCAUCUUUACGUAAACAGAAUCAAGCAGCACGACUACUACUGUUGGGAGAGCAAACGAGGACGUACCUGGGAUAAUAGGAUCUACCGCCGUAUGAGAAAUCGAAAUAACGGCACGCGCUGGGUGACGAAGGAGAUUCAUUUUGUCCAUUGGAUGCUCUGCAAUGUCACAAUUGAUAACAAUGACUUGAAAAACAAGAUUGCCAGCGCUAUGAAAGUGGCAAAUGUGACGAACAGGAUGGCUGACCAUGCAGAGUACGUGAAGCAGCACCCGACCAAACUUGAACCCGCUGAGCUCCCGGAUAUCAUUACCCUCGCUCAGAUUUGGAAGGAUGGCAAGGGCAAGGGUAAGGAUAUGGACCUCACUGAAACUCCAGCAAAGAGUAAAGGUGAGAAGGGCGGCAAGGAGGGCGAGGACGCCAUUGAAAAGGAGAAGGCCGACAAGGAGACGCCCAAGAAAGUGAAGGCCGACAAGGAGGCACCCAAGAAAGAGGAUGCCGACAAGGAUACUGUCAAGAAAGAGAACGCAGACAAGGAAAAAGAGGGUACUGGUGUUGACGAGGGCUGUGACACUCGAAUUACCGAUGACCUUGGCUACUUUUUGUAUGACGACUGGGGCAGCUCCUCAGACGAUAGUAACAGCUCCUCAUCUUCUGACUCGUCCUCCAAGUCAAAGAAGAAAAACCCUCAAGGCAGCGAGUACGGCAAGGACUGGACUAUUGAUGAGUCGACACUUCGCAAAGAACUAGUCAAGGCGGCCGAAGACCAGAUAAAGUCCGUACAGAGCAUAUGGAAUAUCGUCCCGGCUAUCGUCCAGAGCCAGGACAAGAAGAUCAUCCAGCAAGAUGUCCAAUUUCGAGCCGCACAGCUGGAGAGCCAGCAGCAGAAGGACAGCAUGAAGGACAAAAUUAUCGGGGGCUUGCAGACAACAGUAAACAACUUGAGUCUCGAGUUUGACCGGACAAAAGAAGCUCUAGAGGAAGCUUUGGAGAAGCAAAAACCCCUGCUCGACAAGCUGGCUGCGCAUGAGCUAAGAAUGGAUGGAAUACUGGGCACUCUAGAGAGAAUGAAGGACGAAAGGACCAAUGCGCCGGCAAAUUUAAAGAAAGAAGUCCAAGAUGCGGUUUUGACCGCAGUGAGCAAGAUGCUCGAGGAAGCAAGGGGGGUGAAGGAGGCAAAACGGGCUCAAAAAAGGAAACGGGAGUAG